AUGCUCGCUCGAUGUUUGCGCCAUCGCUUGGCGUCAUUUGCUGCAGUAUCCUCGUUCUCUAUUGAGAAGUGUGUCACUCUACAUCGGACACAGCACUUUUGUACUUAUACGACCAGAUCAGAACGAGAGAUGGAGAAAUUAGGCGAGAGAUUAGCGCAAGAUCGACGAGCUGGUGACGUGCUUUUUCUCUACGGAGACUUAGGGUGUGGCAAAACGUGUUUAGCCCGUGGAUUUGUACGAGCUUAUACGAAACGAUCGAAUCUAUUGGUGACGUCGCCAACGUAUUUGCUAGUGAAUACGUACGAUGAAGCUAAAGAACUUCCAAUAGUCUACCAUGUGGACCUCUACCGUCUAGAGACUGUUACAGAGCAAGAUACAGUGGCGUUAGGACUCGCUGAAGCCUUUAAACGAGGUGUAACGCUAAUUGAGUGGCCAGAUCGAUUUGAAAAACAAAGUAUUCCAAACGAGAGAUUAGAUGUAAGAAUUUUGUACGACGAAGAAGACAUCGGAAUCCGUCAUGUGGAAAUUCAACCGAAAGGCGAACGAUGGGACAAGAUCUUUUGA